AUGAUUUGGGAUUGUUUAUUGUCAGUAGUUUUUGGACUAAUACUUAGGAAUUUGGUCAAGACAUAUGCAUCGAAAAACUUUCUGGAUAGCCUAACAUAUUCAUCAUUAGAUCAGUGGGACUCUGUUAAUGAAGGGAUUUAUUUACAAAAGCUUGGGAUUUCUGCCUAUGAUGGUGAUGUAGUACAUCAGCCUCCUUUGUCGUUAUUAAUGUGGUCUUACUUAUUGAAGCUGACGGAUGGAGAUGGAACUUCUUAUCAUUUGGCUCUUGAAUUCAUCUUGCUGAUUUCCUUGUUCAUGUUUUGCGGAACAGCGUUUAAUUAUUUUCUCUCGACUCAACAUAGCGACAAGUCUUUUGUACAUGAUUCAUCGAAGCACCUCUUAUUGAAAGAAAUAGAUUUUCGAAAGCUUCAGGCACUUUCGGUGAUAUGGUACGCGCUUAAUCCUUACUCAAUACUGAUUUCAGCUGCUCAGUCGACAGCUGUUGUGUACAAUAUUGUCUUUUUAUGGAUCAAUCUAUGUUUGUGUAGAGGUCAUCUGUUAUUGGCUGCUGCUCUUUGCGCUGUUGGAUGUUACAUUCGUAUAUAUCCAGGAUAUUUAAUGUUUCCAGUUUUAGCUGCUGCUUACAAUGAGUUUCCUAAUAAAUCGAAAGGAAUAAUAUCUCAUUUACUUAAUCUUCUCCCACUAUUGGUUACUUUCAUUGGAAGUUAUUCAAUUUUAUUAUGGAUUAGUUCGAUUGUACAAAAUCAUGAUUGGAGUUUUUUAACAUCAAUUUAUUGGAAUACUAUCAUUGUAGCUGAUUGUACACCUCAAAUGGGUAUCUUUUGGUACAUGUUUGUUGAAAUGUUUGAUCAUUUCAGUGUGUUUUUCACAUGGGUUUUCCAACUACUCAUUUUCAGUAUAGUAGUUGGCUUGACAAUUAAAUUCAAUCGAAAUCCAUUAUAUACAUGCCAUUUAAUAUCAUUUGUUAUCAAUGUAUUACAACCAUAUCACAAUAUUGGACAACUAGGUCUCCUUAUAUCUAACCUAACAAUAUGGAGUCAUCUUUAA